AUGGCCGCCAAGAACUCCCCGGCUCCCGCUUCCAAAGUUUUCUCGCAUCGUGGUGAUAGUGGACUGGAUGGGUUAGGAGGACCAGGUGUACAAUUAGGAAGCCCAGAUAAGAAAAAACGCAAGGCAAAUACACAGGGACCUUCUUUUCCUCCAUUGUCUGAGUAUGCUCCACCACCGAAUCCAAACUCUGACCAUCUAGUGGCUGCUAAUCCAUUUGAUGACAACUAUAAUACUAUUUCCUAUAAACCACUACCUUCAUCAAAUCCUUAUCUUGGUCCUGGUUAUCCUGGCUUUGGAGGCUAUAGCACAUUCAGAAUGCCACCUCACGUUCCCCCCAGAAUGUCUUCCCCAUACUGUGGUCCUUACUCACUCAGGAACCAGCCACAUCCAUUUCCUCAGAAUCCCUUGGGCAUGGGUUUUAAUCGACCUCAUGCUUUUAACUUUGGGCCACAUGAUAAUUCAAGUUUUGGAAAUCCAUCUUAUAAUAAUGCACUAAGUCAAAAUGUUAACAUGCCUAAUCAACAUUUUAGACAAAAUCCUGCUGAAAACUUCAGUCAGAUUCCUCCACAGAAUGCUAACCAAGUUUCUAACCCUGAUUUGGCAUCUAAUUUUGUUCCUGGAAAUAAUUCAAAUUUUACUUCUCCAUUAGAAUCUAAUCAUUCUUUUAUUCCUCCCCCAAACACUUUUGGUCAAGCAAAAGCACCACCCCCAAAACAAGACUUUAGUCAAGGAGCAACCAAAAACACUAAUCAAAAUUCCUCUGCUCAUCCACCUCACUUAAAUAUGGAUGACACAGUGAAUCAGAGUAAUAUUGAAUUAAAAAAUGUUAACCGAAACAAUGCAGUAAAUCAAGAGAACAACCGUUCAAGUAGUACUGAAGCCACAAACAACAGCCAUGCCAACGGGACCCAGAAUAAGCCACGACAACCAAGAGGUGCAGCAGAUGCAUGCACCACUGAAAAAAGCAAUAAGUCCUCUCUCCACCCAAGCCGUCAUGGCCAUUCAUCUUCUGACCCAGUGUAUCCUUGUGGAAUUUGUACAAAUGAAGUCAAUGACGAUCAGGAUGCCAUCUUGUGUGAGGCCUCUUGUCAGAAAUGGUUUCAUCGGAUCUGUACUGGAAUGACUGAAACAGCUUAUGGCCUCCUAACUGCAGAAGCAUCAGCAGUAUGGGGCUGUGAUACCUGUAUGGCUGACAAAGAUGUCCAGUUAAUGCGCACUAGAGAAACUUUUGGUCCACCUGCAGUGGGCAGUGAUGCUUAAUUACAGGCAUUAACUAAAAUGAGGUGUUUUUUUUUCCUGUGUAUUACAGAGGUUUGCUGACACAGGAUAUUGAUGUUUUACAUUAUUUUUUUAAAUGUACACACAAAAACAUUACUUGGCCUUUAGUUUUUAGUAAUAAUCCACUUCAUUACUAGAGCAAAUUUGUACUGUCUUUGUUUGCUAUUUUAAAUAGAAUAAUGUAUAUGGGGGUGCUUUAGAAACAUUUAUAAAUAAAUGUUAGUUUUUGUUAUUUAUCAUAAACAUAAAAGCCUCUUAAAGCUUCAAAAUAAUAUAUAACAAAUGUAGGCAAGUUUUAACU